ACUUCGCCAGCUUGUCACUUGUCAAGACUCACGAGUAUCAAUAACCCGUCGUCCCGUCUUCCCGCCCUGUUUGGCCAAGACUCAUUAAUCAGAACACCAAAAUGCCCAUCAAAUCACGGUGGACAGCUCCUAUCCCGCGCUGCUCCCUCCAGCAAUGGGUAUUCGGGUCCGCUUGUGGCCCCGUCCACGACUACCGGGCCUUGAUCGACCCCGAACGGCCUGACACAAACUUCCUCACCCUAGACGACUUCCGCCUGCUGUCCAAGCGCGUGGCCCUGGGCCUGCAGAAGGCCGGGCUGAAGCCCGGGGAUCGGGUGCUGCUCUUUUCUGGCAACAGCCUCUUCGUCCCCUCCGUCUUUCUCGGCAUCCUCAUGGCCGGCGGCAUCUUUACAGGUGCCAACCCAACCUUCGUCCCGAGAGAGCUGGCGUACCAGCUCCGCGACAGCCAAGCCAGCUUCCUGAUUGUCGCCGAGCCGGCAAAGGAGAUAGCUUUUAAGGCGGCAAGGGAGGCCGGCCUGCCCGACGAUCGCAUACUUCUCUUCGGCGGCGAUACCCUAGCGCCCGAGCUCGCCCGGAGCCCAAACCCUGGGCCGGGAGCCCAAGGGCGGGCAGGAAAGGCACGGCACUGGACGGAGCUCCUGGCCGGAAACCUCGAGCAUGCCAAGGGCUGGAGCUGGCAAGAGCCUUUGGACACGACCGUCACAACCUGCUGCCUCAACUACAGCAGUGGAACAAUGGGGGUCCCCAAGGGGGUCGAGAUCUCGCACUACUCGUACGUCGCCAAUGGCGUAGGCGUCGAGUUUGCCAACGACCUGGAUCCCGACGCCCAGGAAAAGCGGAAGCAGGCCCGCGCUCUCUGCUUUCUUCCAUUGUACCACGCGUACGGGCAGACUUACUUCGUCACCAUCUACCCGCGCCUCCACAUACCCGUGUACAUAAUGCCUAGCUUCGACUUCGUCAAGGUGCUUGAUUACGUUCAGCGCUACCGCAUCACGGCCCUGAUGUGCGUGCCGCCUAUUGUUGUCGCGCUGGCUAAGCACCCCUUGACUAAAAAGUUCGACCUGUCCAGCGUCACAAGCAUAGGCUGCGGGGCAGCGCCUCUAACGCGCGAGGUUUCUGACGAGGUGGAGAAGUUGUUCCAGGACAGAGACGUCUUCGUCCGCCAGGGAUGGGGUAUGACAGAGACAACAUGCACGUGCAUGUCCUGGGACCCUAAAAUCCGAGGCCACAGUAGCGGCGUGGGCGAGAUGAUGCCAAACUGCGCAGCGAGGCUCAUGGCGCUGGACGGCAAGACGGAGAUCACAAAGGCGGGCGAGCGCGGCGAGCUCUGGGUGACGGGACCGACCCUGAUGCGCGGGUACUGGAGGAAGCCGCAGGCGACGGCCGACACGCUGUCGGUCGACAGCAACGGGACUUGCUGGCUUAGGACGGGCGAUAUUGCCUACGUCGAAGACUACAGGCCCGGCGGCAUAUUCCACGUUGUCGACCGCCUCAAGGAGCUGAUCAAGGUCAAGGGCAACCAGGUGGCGCCGGCCGAGCUCGAGGGCGUCCUGCUCGAGAGCCCCGACGUGGCCGACGCUGCCGUUGUCGGUGUCACUAUCAAGGGCGAAGAAGUCCCGAGGGCCUACAUUGUCCGCGACCCCGCGUCCAACGCCACCGAGAGGGCCAUUGCCGACUGGAUGGCCACCAAGGUUGCCCGGUAUAAGCGGUUGAAGGGCGGCGUGGUGUUUACUGAUGUGAUUCCGAAGAAUCCAUCCGGCAAGAUCCUCCGCAACCAGCUUCGGGAUCGAGCGAAAAAAGAAGUCGGAGACAAUAAACCUAGAACCUCGAAGCUUGCUUGAGUAUGCAUGCAGGCAGUUUAAUGGGCGGUCACUUGCCUAAAGUUGGCCCCAACGAGAGAAAUGGCCGGUUUUGCAUUCGGCAUAUUCAGGUUGCAAGGACAGGGAGGGAAGGAGGCGAACGUACGUGACGUGGAGAAAACCUUUAGCGUUUGCUAUGUAUACGAGUGCGGCGGUGAGCAUGGAGACCCUUCGUGCCUGCUUUCGGUGGCAGCUGCCUUCCCUUCGGGUGUCAUAUUAAUUUGCUCGGGGGGAAGUUGGUGCGGAAGGAGCGAGUCGAGGACGGAAACAGCUUGACUAACUGUCCACGGCAGGAGUGUCCGAAUUUUAAUGACAUCGUAAACCCAACUUCCUGUUCCUCUCGAUUCUGUUGUCAAAGACACAUCCAGAUUUCCGCUUU